CUAUGUGAAAGGACAAUACCCUUUUGACACAAUGAUGGAUGCUGGUCAGGACGUCCUCUCAUACUGGACUCACUUGACGAAGAUACCUGAAGGCUCCAUACUUGCUUGUAUCGCAGAAAAAAUUUAUUCAAUCAAGCCCUCAUCUGUGCCCGAGGAACGAACAAUGUCGGUAUUCACGAGGAUGAAUACACCAGCCAGGAACC